GUAUGCAUGAGUUUUUGACGGACUUUGGAGUGUGGGCGAGUGGAGCUCGGUGGUGGUGACCACCACGGGAUGGACUCACGCUCCAAUCGCGGCACUGCAGGAGGAAACACGCGCCAUUGAGGUUGAUGUGCAUGCGCUCUGACUGGCCUUUGCAGCCUAAGCACGAUCUGCGAGUGGCGGCCUCCAUUGCUGAGUUGGAGGUGUUCGUCGAAGAACAGAAGUCAAGAGACCUUUCAGCGAGAGAACUAUAGGCAACAGUUCGAUUUGAAUGAGUCACCAACACCUCUCAGGACCUCAGAUCUGUAGUCCAGAGCUGAAGCUGUGUGCAGCUUUGAAGCACCAUUAAAAACACUCCACUCAGCUCUCUGCUUCAGCCACAGACAACAGACUCAGAGACAUGACUGUCUCAGGUGAUGAGGAAGAGGUGUAGGACGUGCGCCUCUCAUCCUUUUUCUCUCCUCUGUCUGGUGUUGCUACGCCACUGACAAAAAAAAAAACAGCACUGUGAUAACUAAGGAUUAGCAUCUGCUACUAAAUCUAAGAUGGCCAACCGAAGUGGCACUCUCUGGCCCUCGGAACACGACAUGGACAGUGAAAUCCGUGUCAUGCUGGACAACGACUCAGUGUGGCAGGAGUUCCACAGCAUCGAGACGGAGAUGCUCUUGACGAGGAAGGGGCGCCGCAUGUUUCCUUUCUGCCGCUACAGGCUGACAGGUCUGGCCCCCCGCGGCCUCUACUUCCUCGUCAUGGACUUCCAGUUACUGGACGAGCAGCGGUACCGCUGGACAGUCGAGGGCCGGGUGCCAUGCGGGCCGAGUGAGACGCAUGAGGCGCGCGGCCGUGUCUACACGCACCCAUCGUCACCCACCACGGGCUCGGUCUGGAUGGAAGAUCCGGUAGUGUUCCGUGCGGUGAAGCUGACCAGCAAUCUCCAGAACAACGACGGCCUUGUUGUGCUGCACUCCAACCACCGGUACAUCCCACGGCUGCACGUGGUGCCCUUUGACCCCUACGGGAGGAACACGGUCGACCUGGACAGCCCAGAGACGCAGACGUUCGUGUUCCCGCAGACGGAGUUCUACGCUGUCUCGUGCUACCAGAACCCCAGGCUCAUCAAGCUGAAGAUCAAGCACAACCCGUUCGCCAGCCAGUUCCGCCAUGAGGAGAUGCAGUCGGACCAGCUCAUGCAGUUACCACCAGGUGGCGCUCAUGAGUCCAGUGCUUCUCUCUCCCCCGAUUCCAAGCACGCCAAAGGCAACAAGUGGGCUAAAAAGCGCUCAUCUCUCCCCUCCUCUGCCGAGUACGGACUCGGUGCCUCUCUGGUGUUCAAGAAGAGGAUGCACCUCUCAGAGCGGUCAUUAGGCAAUGACUCCUCGCGACUCUCAGGAGGCCUGAACUGCACCGAGGAGAUGUUUUGCACGGACGACGAGAGCCACGAUGGCGACGGUGACGACGAGUCCACUCAGUGGCCUCUAAAAGCCCGACCCAGCGCCCCCUCUCUAAAGAAGCAAGUCCCUGCUAAGUUCAAGUCGCGAGCCACUGCUUCCAAAGUGUCUGCACGCACCUUCACCUCAACGCCUCGGGUGAUGAAAAGGCCCUCACUGACCUCUCAGAAAACACCAAAGAUGCCCCCCCACAGGCGCAAGAGCACCAGCAGCGGGAAGAAUGCCAGGGGUUCUAACGCAGUCACAGAAGCACCUUUAGAACCAGCGGAACCAUUGGCUUGUGAGCUAGCUGUGGAUGACGUAGAGGGCAUGCUGUUUGUCUCGUUCUCUAGCAAGGAUUCUCACGAUACCCACGUGCCUUUGAAGAGGCAGCCACCUCCGUUGCCCCCACAGCCUCCGUUGCCUCCGCCACCUCCGUCGCCUCCAUCUAAGUGCCCCCCUGUCCUGCAGGUCCAGGUGGCAACCAGGGCAACAGAACCUGAGGAAGUUACUGGAGAAGGUCCAGAGGUCCAGCAGGAGAGUAUUGUGCAGCUGCAGAAGGUGUUGCUGUUGGAUCUGGGGUUUAUCAAACACAGACAGGUCAUCCAUCCUGCUCUACAACAGGUUGGCCUGAAGCUGAAUCUGGUGGAUCCUGAAGUGGCUAUAGAUUUGCAGUACCUGGGCGUGGCCCUGCCCCUGCCGCCCUUCCCACAAUCCUGUGCAGAAGGGACCAUUCCAUUUGUUUCGCGCACAGGGAAGACCAAUGACCUCACUAAGAUAAAAGGCUGGAGAGACAAAUAUAGCAGCUCUUCAGACCUCCCCUCUGGCCCACCACAAGAGAGAGCGGUGAAGGUGCCGUCUGCGUUCAGCAGUGAGCUGCUGGAUGAGUACCUGGAGAGUGAAGGCCAGAGCAUCAGUGAGCGGGCAGAGACCUUCUCCUCCUUCUCCGACCCGGCCGCUGCUGCAGCCGCCGCUGGCGUGGCCUACAGCUUGCCCUCCAGGGGCAGCAGCUACGUGCGCACCUUAGACAGCGUGCUCAAGAGCCACGUCGCAAUCGCCAGCGCCAGCGCCAGGCCAACAGCGGCCACGCGCAGUCCCACGUGGCCAGCUGAUACCAGUAACGCCAAGCCAAGUCCUAAACCCGGCCCUAAUUCUCACCAAGUGCCCGUCCACUCACUCAAACACAGUCCCAUCCCGGGCGGCAUGUCUCCAGGCGUGUCACAGUCGUGGGGCUCCAGAGCGCACCCUGGUGGCAAGGCACCGCUGAAGCGGGACGCCAGUUUAGGCGUCAGCCGCUACACGGGCUUCACGGUGUCACAGCGCCACCUUCAGGCCUUGGAGAAGCAUGCGUUCUGCCGUGGACACACCGACACCUACAUCACCACAGAGAGGGCCACCGUCGCUCUGAGCGUGCUCCUCACGGCACAGGGCUCCGUGAAGGCGGACCGCGUGAGCUGGACGACGGCGGACGUGCUGGGCCCGUGCCAGAGGGACCGCUGCAGGCUGGGGUGUGUGUGUCUCAGCCUGACCAGGGAGCCGCGCGGGCCCACACACUGCCGCAGGCCCCAGUGCAUGUUCGAGUGUGCGUGCUUCAGGCACCGGGUGCUGCUCGUGAGGCCUCAUCCCGACAGCAACACCAAAAACAACGCCAAGACCGGCGCCCAGGGGUGGAGGAGACAGCACGUAGAGAAGACCGCCGACGAGGACCCAAAGUUACUGGCUUACCCCAUCUCUGACGCUGAUAAGAGCCCCAGGCCAUCCCCAGGCCAGCGUGUGCGUGUGCUGUGGGAGGGCAGAGCCAGUGAGAUGGACCCUGAGCCCCUGUACAGACCGGAGAGGCAGCGUGUCGACACAGACAGGACCUCUGUCCUCUCAGCAGCGCUCUCCAAACCAGCCAGCAGAUCCCAGCCCAGGGGUGGUGGUCGUAGGGUGGAUGAGGUGGAGAAGGACAGUCCGGUGUACAUGUACUUUGACAGCAUGAUGACGUGUGCGCGCGUGCGGCCCAUCAAUAGCAUGCCGCCGCCCCAGAUGCACAUCCUACCUUUCGCCGUGACCGACAGAGCAAAGGAGAAAGCUCAUCCGUCUCCUGAGACUUCUGUAGGCAAGUUAGACGCUGCACCCUCCCAGAAGUCUGCGCAAGUGGCCCAGAAGCAAGUGCUGGAGACGGAGGCCCAGCCCACCAAGCUUCUGGAGAUCGUCUCCGAGUGCAACUGGGAACCGCACCGCAACCUUGUCCUGAGCGCGCUCAACAGGCGCCUGAAACUAAACCUACUGACGCCGUCGUUCCGGCUGGGGUUCUACCGCGUGCGUUUGCUAUCCAUCGACCGGCAGAAGGGUCUGAACCACUCCACCAUCACCUACAAGCUCAGCAUCUCACACAUCGAUAAUGACAGUGACGACUCCGCGGAGAAGAAGUCGCAGAAGAAACCGAAGCUCCAGCCGCCACAGCCCCCAAAGCCUGGCUACCUCAAGGCCUUCAAGCUCAGGCCCAGUGGCUCCCCCAACAGGCUGGUUGAGGUGAACGGGAAACACUAUGCAAAAGCCAGACUCAUGCUGGGUCGAAUGGGAGCACUGCAUCCAGCCAAUCGGCUUGCAGCGUUCGUCACGGGCCGGAUGGUGACCUUACCUCAGACGGAGGCUGAAGAGAGGCUCAGGGCAGCAGUCAGAAAGACCUCCGAGGCUCUAAGCUCCUCGGCUGCGUCCUCCCAAACCCAAGAGACCUCCGUGGGAGAGAGGGCACCUGAACCACUGGCUGAUGCUCCUCCAAAAGAACCUUGUGCCUCUCAGCUUCUCUACAUCCCCAUUGGUUCUCCCGAUGGAGUCACGCCUCCUGCCCAAUCGACCCUUGACCCUGCUGGUUUGGUGACCCACGCCCAGAAGGUCAUGCUGAAGCCAGUGGGCAGCACCCAGAAGGGUGCCCUCUACCGUCAGCCCAACGGCCAGCUGGUGCAGCUGGUGCCCCUGAAGCCGCUCCAGGCCAUCAGGCCCAAACCCACCCUAGGUUCUGCUCCAGGCACUCAGAGUGUCUUUCUUACACCCAGUGGUCCUUGGCCAGAAAACUCCUCUUCCUCUCAGGACGGAAGCACAGACCCAGACACUCCUCCUGUCACUCCAGACGCCUCGGCUGUCGUAGCCAAGCGCUUCUCGCUGUCAGGGAAGAGCACCAUGUGCAUCUCUCAGGGUUCCGCAGCCGUCAGAACCCUGCCUGGAGUCGGAGCCUUCUCCUUCAGGAUCUGCCCUCCCUCGGAGCAGUCCAAACCGCAGGCGCUGGACUCGCAGGCGCUCGGGGAGGACCAGAACCCUUCUCAGAACACGAGCUCCUCUCUUGCACUGCCAGGGGGGUUCACGCUGAUUCAGCUGCCAAAGGCUUCUGACGGGGAGGUGAAGAUGUCUGUGGGGGGUUCUAAGACCGCUGCAGCAGCAUUCCCUCAGGUUAUUGACAAAUCAUACGGAACGUUGUCCAGAAAGGGUUCUAAAAUCGCUGGAAUGUCUAAGCUGGAUACUCAAAUCACCGGAACGUUGGUGAAAGAGAGGAAGAAGAUCGUUGCCCCUGUGGUGAUUCCACCAAUGGUCUUGGGAACACCGAAGCCUAGCUACAUAUCACCUAGAACAAUCAAACAGGGUUCUGGAACACCUCAGGCUAGUAACACAUCAAUUAGAUCCUCCAGACAGGCUUCUGAAACACCUCAGGCUAGUAACACAUCAAUUAGAACCUCCAGACAGGCUUCUGAAACACCUCAGGCUAGUAACACAUCAAUUAGAACCUCCAGACAGGCUUCUGAAACACCUCAGGCUAGUAACACAUCAAUUAGAACCUCCAGACAGGCUUCUGAAACACCUCAAGUUAGUAACAUAUCACAUAGAACAUCCCAACAGGAAUCUGGAACACCUCAGGCUAGUAACGCAUCAUUUAGAACCUCCAGACAGGCUUCUGAAACACCUCAAGUUAGUAACAUAUCACAUAGAACAUCCCAACAGGAUUCUGGAACACCUAAGGCUAAUGUAGCUGCAGUUCCUCCCAAGGCCACCGGGACAAUGCACAGAGGUCCUGAAAUCCAGCAGUCCUCAGAGCGGGGCACAAAGGUCCUCUCCACACCAGAGCCCCUAAACCACAUCAUUAAAGAACGGCAGCGCCGCGUGGUCCAGGAGAACGGCUUCAAGAGGCUCAAAGAGGUGCUGCGCAUCAGCAACCUCAAGGUCACCCAGCAGGACAUCCUGGACCAGGCACGGCUCAUCAUUGGCGCAUUGAAGACCAGAGAGAGGAGCUUGGAGAGGAGGAAGGCAGCCCUGCGUGACACGCAGUCCGUCUAUAUCAAGACCAUCUCAGACCUGUCCGGGAAGUCGGAGGAGCAGAUCAGGAAGAAGCUGCAGGAGACGAGCAAGCGGCAGCGUCUGCUGGAGCAGUACCGCCAGAGGCAGAACGAGCGCAACAAGCCCAGCCAGACGCAGCUCACGGCCAAGGAGUGCGACUGGCUCACCGAGCGCUUCGCCAUCUGGAAACGCCACAAGAGGAAGCGCAAGAGGAAGCAGCUGCUCGAGGACCAGGAAGAGGAAGCUACUGGAGUGGAGCCCGCCGUGGGGACCCUCAAACCCAGCUGGCGCUCAGACGUGAAGGCCAGAGACUCUCCUGAGCUCCGAGCUGCUCUGCUGACGCCGGGAAGCAACGCAGCGCAAGUUAGCAGUUCUAGCCAGCUGUCAUCACCUAGCAACAGUGGUGCACAAGGACAGCAGAAUAUUCCAUCAUCGGGAUUAGAUAUAAACAAGGUGCUAUCGCUACUCAAGGUGAAAUCCCUGCCCCCUCAAUACAGCCAUUUAGGCGCACCUGUGAAACUGCUCCUCGUCCCAGUCUUGAAAAACGUUGGCAAACCUGAUGAGAAAGCUGAUGCAGAGGCCAAAGACCCGGCAGCGUUGACGGACACCCCGAGCACUGCCGACGCCACGGAGACAUCCUCUGUGCAUGCUGGGAAAGUCACCUUCAGUCCUUUUUCACUCAAUCCUGGGACAACAGAGGGACCAUCCGUCUGCAAUGGCAGAGAUCUGAAAGGAAAUUGCCGGGCUGUGGACAGCUCUGAUGACCACUCCGAGUCACUGGCAGAGGAUGCUGGGAACAUCUCCCCUAGUGGGCCGGUAGAUGCCUCAAGCUCGGAACACAAGAACGAGAGUCGGCCCAAAGAGGUCCCUACUCCAGGGGGAGGGGAGGUUCCGGGCUGCAACAUUGAGAAACCGGAAGAGCAGCCAUGUUCAGAUGUUGCCAUCGCCACGGAGACGGCAGAACAUCAGUGUGUGGACGAGAGCGUGUCUGCAGCUGAGGCCAAUAUGGCGAAUGUGCAUGCAAAGCAGCCAGCUCCAACACCAACACCCCUCGUGGAGAACGGUGUCCCAAAACGCAAACGAGGCAGGCCACGCAAGCAUCCCAAGGCUGAACGAGGCAGGCCACGCAAGCAUCCCAAGGCUGACGACCCCACACCCAAAGCCCAGCCUGCACCACCACCACCCAAAACCCAAUCUGCUGCACCACCACCCAAAACCCAGUCUGCUGCACCACCACCCAAAACCCAGUCUGCUGCACCACCACCCAAAACCCAGUCUUCUUCCAAACACUCUCCCAGGCUACAGGCUCGUCAUCUACGGAGCCACUUGCCGGUGACCACACGUACACACACACGAAGAGGAAAGAGGAGGGGACGGCGAUGAGAAAACACACACACACACACACAUGGAAGGGAUACUGAGGAGCCCACACACUAAGCAGCAAAGAAAGACAUGAGACAUACACGAGCGAAGAGAAGAAUUUCACUACUGGAGAAUAAUGCUUUGACAAGGCUUUGACUGUCGGGGGGGGCUUUUGAAAUGAAUUUUCCAUCCAUCCAUCACACAGACAACAGGAAGCUCGCAUGAGUGUUACAUUUCCCUUUAUUUACAUAGCAGAUGACCUCGAGCCCUCUGAUUUCUAUAAGCUAAAUUAUGAGACAACACAGCACUGUACAACUGCAGGAAUCCAUAACCACUCAGGAAUGUUUCACACUGAAAACAACUCUAAACAAAUGUCUGUUGCAUUGAUGUGUUUUUUGUUUUCUACUGAAUUACUAAACCAAUGUCUUUGAGUUGAUGUGUUUUGUUUCCUACUGAAUCACAAGGAAGAAUACUACAGCAAAAAAUAGAGCAGACCCUAUUUCUCGAGUGUUUUCAUAAAGCAUUAAAUUAAUGUGUUGCUAAUGCAUGAAUCAUUGGUGAGCACGAACGUUAACUCUACCCCAUAUUGGGGACUUCCUUUUUGCUUUAAACAUUCCGGUCUCUACCUACAAGAGUGCAUAUUUAAGUGCCUGAACAAUAAAUUGUGAUGAUGCAGGUUUCUUCUUUAGACACGUAAAAUAUUGGGUUGUAGAUUGUAUUGUAAACCAUAGAGUUGAUCAUGCCUUCUGUAGUUGUGAGAACGCCACUGUGAUUUGUUCAAUAAACUAACCCUGAAAAGUG